AGAGAUUCUCUGUCAGAUCCUCAGUGUUGCGGCUGGAACUCACUGGGAGAGGGGAUUUGGCUACUUUGUCCCCUCAGACUCGGAGAGUGGAGGCGCCGGCAGCCAUGUUAUGGUUGGCACCUUCUGUGAAGUUAUGAGGAGACAGUGACCAGCAAGGGUUCCACAGCCAUGUUACGGUUGGCAGUUCUGUGAAGUUAUGAGGAGACAGUGACAACCGAGGGUUCCACAAUGAAAGCGGCGCUGCUGGUGUUGCUUCUCCUGAGCUGCAGUGAGACUGUGGUACCGACCCGUGUGUUCCCCGCCCUGUCCCACCUGAAGCCCCAGAAGGGCGAUGAUGUACAGACUGCGGCGGUCCGGGAGCUGCUCGCACGGCUACUCGGGGGCAGGGCCAGCGAAUUCUCAGUGACUGUCAAUAGCUCAUUGGCUGAGGGAGGGCGGGACACCUACCGGCUCAGCUCCGGGGCCGGGGGCACAGUGCUGGUUGUGGGGAGCAGUGGGGUGGCCGCAGCUUCGGGCUGUUAUACCUACCUGAAAGCCUUCUGUGGGGCCCACCUCUCCUGGUCAGGGGCCCAACUGCAACUGCCGCCGGCCCUUCCCCCUGUGCCCGCCCCCCUCACUCGCUCCGCCCCCCACAGAUUCCACUACUACCAGAAUGUCUGCACCUCCAGCUACUCCUUUGUGUGGUGGGACUGGGCGCGCUGGGAGAAAGAGAUUGAUUGGAUGGCACUCAGCGGGAUCAACAUGCCCCUCGCUUUCACCGGCCAGGAAGCCAUUUGGUAUAAAGUAUAUUUAUCAUUGGGUCUGAAUGAAUCUGAGAUUUUUGAUUUCUUCACUGGGCCGGCGUUCCUGGCAUGGGGGCGAAUGGGGAAUAUUCACACGUGGGGGGGCCCUUUGUCCAUUUCAUGGAUGGAGAAGCGGCUGUCCCUGCAGCUGCAGAUCACUGAGCGUAUGAGAUCCCUGGGAAUGAUCACCGUGUUACCAGCGUUUGCCGGACACAUCCCGGAGGGGAUCCUGAGGGUUUUCCCCAAAGUCACUGUGAGCAGACUGGGCGGAUGGAGCAAUUUUAACUGCACGUAUUCCUGUAGUUACCUCCUGGAUCCAGAAGAUCCCCUGUUUCAGUGGAUUGGGGAACUCUUCCUGAGCCAGAUGGUCCAGUCAUUUGGCACUGACCAUAUCUACAGCGCAGACACAUUCAAUGAGAUGUCCCCCACGUCGUCCGACCCCGGCUACUUGUCCGCAGUCAGCGGCGCUAUAUUCAAAUCCAUGGCAAAAGUUGACCCGGACGCCAUAUGGCUGAUGCAAGGUUGGCUGUUUAUAAACAACCCAUCGUUCUGGCAGCCGGCUCAGACGAAGGCGUUGUUACACGGCGCGCCGAUCGGCCGAAUCAUCGUGCUGGACCUGUUCGCAGAGACUGUGCCCGUUUACCUAACGACAGAGUCUUUUUACGGCCAGCCGUUCAUCUGGUGCAUGCUUAAUAACUUUGGGGGGAACCAUGGUUUGUUUGGAAACAUAGAAGGAGUUAAUAGGGGACCCUUUGAUGCCGCCAAGUUUCCCAACUCUACAAUGGUGGGCACAGGGUUAACCCCUGAAGGCAUUGAGCAGAAUGACAUGAUAUACGAGUUUAUGAACGAAAUCGGUUGGAGCUCGCAACCCAUCAACCUGACCAAAUGGAUUUCCAAUUAUUCCGACAGACGCUACGGGCAGAGCAAUACAGAUGCCAGGAUGGCAUGGCAGAUACUCCUCAGGAGCGUCUACAACUGCACCCAGAUUUUGCACAACCACAACCAUAGCCCGCUGGUACGUAGGCCGUCUCUGAAUAUGAACACGGAUAUUUGCUAUAACAAGGCGGAUAUAUACGAGGCAUGGAGGUUCAUGCACAACGCGUCCUUCGCUCUUGGAAAGAGCGCCACCUUCCUGUACGACUUGGUGGAUAUCACUAGGGAGGCCGUGCAGCAGUUGGUCUCCGAGUAUUACUUGGAAAUUAAGGAGGCUUAUGGGAAAAAGUCUCUUCAACAGCUGAUGACUGCAGGAGGGGUCUUGGUUUAUGACCUUCUACCUGAGCUUGAUAGUCUUCUUUCCAGCCAACCCGGGUUCCUGCUGGGCUCGUGGCUAAAAGCAGCGAAAUCAAUGGCGUCCACUCCGGCCGAAGCGGCUUUGUAUGACAUGAACGCGCGCAACCAGAUCACCUUAUGGGGGCCAACGGGGAACAUCCUGGACUAUGCCAAUAAGCAAUAUGGCGGGUUGGUGCAGGACUAUUACACCGAGCGCUGGGGCCUCUUUGUCUGGUUUCUCGUUCAGAGCCUCAACAAGGGGGAGCACUUUAAUCAGGACAAGUUCAACAAGGCUGUCUUUGUCCUAGAAGAAGACUUUGUGUACAAUGGCAAGGAGUACAUGGCGAGUCCUACUGGAGACACCCUGGAGAUAGCCAAUAAGAUCUAUCUGAAGUACCAGCCGUACGCCCGAAAGCGAUUCCUCCGCAGGAAUAAGGGCCUCGAGCUGAACCUGUAACCAGGGGACGUCUAUGAGUCGCCGAAUAUGACUUUAUCCUCCGGUGCCUUAUUUCCUUCCAGAAAUUCUUGGGAUUUUAUUAUAAUGAGGAGUUUUUCUUUUGCGCAUUGAUUUUUAUACAGAAGUAUUUUUCUAUUUUCCGUCCUUUCUGGUACAAAUUGUGGGGAUGGAAUGGAUCCUGACUCUUCUUCCCUCCUCCCCUUCCAUGUUUUUCAAAAUCGGUUCCUGACCAUUUCUCUAUUGCAGCCCAUUCUGCUAAGGCCAUAUAUGUGAAGUGCCAGCCUCCUCUUCUGCAACAAAAUGGCCCCUCGCUUUAGAUUUAACACCAUAAUGAAGAGCUAGAACCUUCAGAGCUUUGCCUGAAGAAUUCCGACUCAUGACCAAGACUAAUUGCACUGAAUCACUGACCCUGCACGGAAUGUUUGCUAAAUUUACUUUUUUUUUUGGUUUAUAUAAUGUUAUAUAUAUAUAUAUAUAUAUAUAUAUUUUUUUUUUUUUUUUUGCUCCAUUCCUAUCUUUUCCUGUGACCAAUAGUUCUACCUACAAUUUUUCUCUUAAUUAGUGGUAUAUUAGUAUAAUAAUACCGUGCAGCACCAAUUCCAUGGCAGUAAAUACAGUAAUGUAUACACACCAAAUAAAAGAAUGGGCUUCAUCUGUG